AGUAUCCUAUUAUUCUUGAAUAGUUGAAAAAUUCUCUGUUGCAGCAAGCGGAACACAUUUUUGAUACCUCAGACUUUGACCAAACCAAAAAUGUCGCUAACGAUCCGAUAUGUCUGGCCUUAGUUCCUUUCGGUUCUCAAACGCUUGCGCCCCGCCCAUAGGAUGCACUUUCUUUGUCCAUGACGUGCCUUCUGGUUCCGGCUCGUCGCCGCAGUGGAUCCCGAUGGCUGAAGUACGCGCGGUUCCUGUCGCUUCCGGUACCUCUCCAGGUUCCGGCUCCCUGUCUCCGUCCCUGUCUCUACCGCCCCCUCCGUCUGGCCCCGGACCUGGGGGGGCGCCACCUCUGCCACCACCGCCGCCGCCGCCGCCGCCACCACCUGGUACCGGACCAGCCCAGUCAAGGGAGAGUUCUAGUAGUUCCUCAGGGUCUACCCCGGGUUCGGCCCGGGAGGGCUGGCUAUUUAAAUGGACCAAUUACAUCAAGGGAUACCAGAGGCGAUGGUUUGUUUUAAGCAAUGGGUUGCUGUCUUAUUACCGCUCAAAAGCAGAAAUGCGUCACACCUGUCGAGGAACAAUAAAUCUUGCAACGGCAAACAUCUCAGUAGAAGACUCCUGCAAUUUUGUAAUCUCUAAUGGAGGGGCACAAACUUAUCAUUUAAAGGCUAGCUCGGAAGUAGAGCGCCAAAGGUGGAUCACAGCACUUGAACUUGCCAAGGCCCGUGCUGUUAAGAUGCAGGCAGAGUCAGAUGAUUCAGGAGAUGAGGACCCAUCUUCUCAGACCGAUAAGGCAGAGGUCCAUAGCACUCUACGAGCUUUAUCUGGGAAGGUGGAAGAUUUGGGCACAUGCAAUGAUCUAAUUGCCAAACAUGGCACAGCUCUGCAGCGGUCACUAAAUGAGUUGGAAAUUCUGCGACUUCCUCAAGACAGCUCUGAAAAGAUUAAGCAAGUCAAUGAAAGAGCCACGCUCUUCAGGAUCACAUCGAAUGCAAUGAUAAAUGAAUGCUACCCAAGGAGGAGAGGAUGUGUUCUCCUUCAACAGCAUGGGCUACAAAACACUGUGCUGGGUCAUGUGUUAGAGGCUUGCAGAGACUUUAUGUCUCUGGCUGAAAGUCACAGUAAGCGCUGGCAGAGAGCACUGCAGUAUGAGCGAGACCAGCGACUACGCCUGGAAGAGACACUUGAACAACUAGCAAAGCAGCACAACCAUUUGGAACGGGCAUUCCAUGGGGCCACAGUUUUGCCAGCUGUCACUCGCACUGGGGUUUCCAAAGACCCUUGUGUGUCAGGAAAAGGGGAUCUUAGUGAUGAAGAUGAUGACAAUGAAUUUUUUGAUGCCCCUGAAAUCAUCAGCAGUCCCUCCCAGGAUGGCCUAGGUCACAAACGUUCUGGCAGCAACAUAAGCGCAGCAAGUUGUGACACAAUUGAAGAACAUGUGCGCCCUCCCUCAGAGGAUCUCCGAAAAGAAAGACGAACUAGGGUUCCUUACAAACCCAAUUACAGCCUUAAUUUGUGGAGUGUCAUGAAGAAUUGUAUUGGAAAAGAGCUUAGCAAGAUCCCCAUGCCGGUUAAUUUUAAUGAGCCACUCUCAAUGCUUCAGCGAUUGACUGAGGACCUUGAGUAUCAUACCCUGCUGGAUCGGGGGGCUCAGUGUGAAAAUUCUCUUGAGCAACUUUGUCUUGUGGCUGCAUUCACCGUCUCUUCAUAUUCCACCACUGUCUUCCGCACAAGCAAACCCUUUAAUCCUUUGUUGGGAGAAUCUUUUGAGUUAGAUCGGAUGGAAGAGAGCGGCUACCACUCGCUGUGUGAGCAGGUCAGUCAUCAUCCCCCUGCAGCUGCACACUAUGCAGAAUCUCGCCAUGGCUGGACCCUGAGGCAAGAGAUAACGGUCACCAGCAAGUUCAGGGGCAAAUACCUUUCCAUCAUGCCACUUGGCACUAUACACUGUCUAUUUCAUAACUCUGGGAAUCAUUAUACAUGGAAAAAGGUCACUACAACUGUUCACAAUAUAAUUGUGGGAAAACUCUGGAUUGAUCAGUCAGGAGAGAUAGACAUAGUAAAUCACAAGACAGGGGAUAAGUGUAAACUUAAGUUUGCUCCAUAUAGCUACUUUUCCAGAGAUGUGGCUAGGAAGGUUUCUGGUGAAGUAAUGGAUGCAACAGGACGAGUGCAUUACACUCUCAUGGGUACAUGGGAUGAGUGUAUGGAAUGCGUACCUUUGAGUUCUGUUGGCAUCGUCUCUGAAAAUGGGGGAGACAAGGCUGCAGAGAGCAGAAUGCUGCUAUGGAAGAGAAACCCCCUUCCUAAGAAUGCAGAGUACAUGUAUUACUUCACUGAGCUUGCUCUAACUUUGAAUUCCCCUGAGGAAGGCACUGCUCCAACUGACAGUCGACGGAGACCAGACCAACGUCUGAUGGAGAAUGGAAACUGGGAUGAAGCCAAUUCUGAAAAACAGAGACUUGAAGAAAAACAGAGAAAUACAAGAAAGAGGAGAGAGGCAGAACGGGAGAGAGCUGGGGAGGAUGGUUCCCCUGUGGACACAUACAGACCAAUGUGGUUUGAAAGAAAGAUGGAUCCUGUCAGCAAGGAGAUGACACAUAUUUACCGAGGCACCUACUGGGAAUGCAAGGAGAGACAAGAUUGGGCAUCAUGUCCAGAUAUAUUUUGAGGAUGAAGGAGCAGCAUUUUGUCUUCUUCCAAAUUCCUUUGCAGCCUCUCAAUCCCCAUCCUUUUAUCUACAGUGAUGCCUUACUAACUUAAUGUUCUUCCCCAUAUAAGCAGUGCCCUGUAGGUCUGUAACACAAAAAGUAAGAAUGACGAGGCUGCUGAUGUGAAGCUCAGGUUUGCAUUUUAAAGAAUUGUCAUAUGGUUUCAGUUAUACCUUAUAAUUUCGAGUAUGGGUAAAGAUUUAUAUGUACACACACACACUGUAAUUACAGUGUUUCAAUUACUGCUUCUGCUUCAGAUUCCUAAUUAUGAAAGGGUAACUAUGCAUUAUAUCAGUAUAUAAUGAUAUGCACUGUACCCAUGAGGCUAUAAGAUACCACAAAUUUUAUUUUGCCAUGUACAUGUUUUGAAAAUCAUAAAUAAUAAUAGAAUGUGUGCACAAUGUAUCACUUGUACCAGUAGAGGUAUUCUGUAAUGGCUCGUGCUGCCUUGCUAUACAAUGGUUUGGUUGACCUACAGAGCAUUGUUACCAUAAAACUUCAUCCCCAGUUAUCAGUUUAGAUCAGAGCAUACACUUUGAUCACUAGUAGGGGUGAGGGUACAUUCUGCCUUAUGUUUGCUGUUUUAAUUUCUUUUGAUUAAAUUUGCUGAGUGAAAUAACUUCUGUGGGAGGGUUUUUUACCUAUUGUUUAAAGGAGGAGUUAGGAAGGCAAAUGAUCUUAGACUUCUGGUAUGAUUUUUUUUGGUGUUUACAAUUAUUGAUUUAUUCUGUCUUCUGCUCCUAUCUUGCAUAUAAAUAUAUAUGUAUAUUUUUCACUUCUCUUUCUGUCUCUUUACCACUUUCUAUGUGUUUCUCUCUGUCUGGUGUCUCUCCUUUCUCUCUGUGCAAAUGCUAAAUUAAAUAAAGAUCAGAUGACACCUUUUCAGUUUCCAUAUAAUUUUACCAUGUCAAUACACUUAUAUCAUGAGCAAGGAGACCUUACAUUCUUUGUAGUAGACAAGCUAGGAAUACAUAAAUACCAAAUGUCAAGGUUUUUCUUUGUGUUUUAACUACACAAGAUUGCAGCCUUAUUGUAAAAUAAGAUUUUAUCACUAGUAGCAUUUUGUGUAAAUGGUUAUUAUGUAAAAGGAAGAUUAUCUCUGUACAAACAUGAUUUUAAGCCACACUUAUAUCUCAUUAAAGGGGAAUAUAGUCAUGUUUAUUUUCUCUUACAUUGCCUAUUAUGUACAGAUUAUGUUGUCUGAAUUUUUGGUUUUGUAUAUAAGUGGGAGAAUCAAUAUUGCUUGAAUUUUAAGUAAAUGGUGUAUUUCUCUUACAUUUUCCAAAGACAAUGGGGCAUAUUCCUCAGGGGUUCUCUAGAGGAGAAUUUCAGAGAUCUGAAAUUUGAUUGUUGGGUGAUCCCCAACCAGUGGCUCAUGAGCAACCUGUUGCUCACCAACCCCUUGAAUGUUGCUCCCAGUGGCCUCAAAGCAGGUACUUAUUUUUGAAUUCCUGGCUUGAAGACAAGUUUUGGAUACAGAAAAACUAAGUGUGCUGCCAAAGAGAGCCUAAUGUAGCUUGCCAAUCACAGCCCUUAUUUGGCACUCCCAGGAAGUUUUUUUCAUGCUUGUGUUGCUCAUCAAUUCUUUACAUUUCAAUGUGGCUCACGGGUCAAAAGGCUUUAGGCUAGUGCCACACUGGGGCUGAAAAUCAGACCCUAUGCAGGCAGUAGCCUUCUCUUCUUUUCACAAAGGGGACUGUUUAUAGAAUUGUUGAGGAACCCUUGUCGGUCUAAUAUUAACACUUUACAUAUGUUAGCAUUACAAGAAAAACCAAUUGAGCUCUUAAAAUCAGUCAGCCUCAGAUACCAUCAGGUAAAAAUUAUCUACCUCAUCCCCAUUUCUUUAGCCUGAAUUAGCAUUCCUGAGGAUAAGGUGGUAUAUACUAAAUCACAUUUCCUGUCAAAAGUGGUCUUUAAGAAGCACUAAAUCAGGAAAUGAUUACCUUCUUUGUGCUCAAACAUGUUAAAGAAGUAGCCAUGCAAAACUUAUAAGUUUACUUAUUCAGUAUCCAGACUCACUCUUUGCCCUCUGUGCUCCCCCUCACUGGGGCAACAAGGCCACCAGAUGCAUAAGAGAAGCAAUUCAGGUUGCCUAUGUACAAAAUGGGAUGAAAGCCUCACCCCUCCCCCAUUCCAGUCUCCGCUCACAUAGUUACUUAGUUGAGUUGGGUUGAAAAAAAUCCAUCAAGUUCCACCCCUCCAAAUCAAACCCAGCACACAUACCUACAAACACAAACACACUGAAACUAUAUAUACCAUCUAUCUAUCUAUCUAUAUAUAUUAAUUGAAGAUUUUAGUGUUACUAUAGCCUUGGAUAUUAUGUUUGUCCAAGAAAUCAUCUAAGCCCCUUUUAAAUGUGUUAACAGAAUUAGACCAAACAACGUCAUUUGGCAGGGCAUUCCACAACCUCACCAUCCUCAAUGGGAAGAACCACCUAUGUUGUUGCAAAUAAAGGUUCUUUUCCUCUAGUCUAAAGGGGGUGGCCUCGGGUUCUGCCCUCAUAAUUUAAAAUUUCCAUCCCCUUAAAGUAACACCAAAAAAGUUCUUUAAGGUAAUUAAAAUAUAAUGUAUUGUUUCUCUGCACUGGUAAAACUGGUGUGUUUCCUUCAGACAGACUACUAUAGUGUACAGUAAACAAGCUGCUGUGUAGCCACUGGAGCAGUCAUUCAAGCACAAGAUACAAUGUAGAUAACAUUUAAGUUCUGAAGAAGCCCAAUGUAUACUACAGAGCUUACCUGUUAUCUGCUAAGCAACCUGUGUGUCUUUUCUCCUUUUUUAGCCUAAGUGGCUACCCUCAUGGCAGUCUAUUUAUAUAAACUAUAGUAGUGUUUCUAAAGCAAACAAAAUACCAAUGCAGGGCACCUACUGUUCCUUUAACUAGUUUACUUGCACGUCUCUGCACUCUCUCCAGCUCAUUGAUAUCCCUCUUAAGGACUAGAGCCCAAAAACUGCACUGCAAACUCUAAAUGAGGCUUUAUGCUUUUAUCCCUUGUGUUAAUGCACUUUUAUGCAAGACAGUACAUUAUCUGCUUUGGUAGCCACUGCCUGGAACUUAUUUACAAAAACCCAUAGAUCCUUCUCAAUUUAAGAGACCCCAAACACUCUGCGAUUUAGUGUAUUACUUGCAUUUAUCAACACUGAACCUGAUUUUCCAGUUUUCUGCCCAGUUUUCUAAUCUAGUCAAACCAUCCUUCAUAGAACUUAUAGUUCUGCACAAUUAAGUAUCAUCAGCAAAAACACAAACAGUUCUUUCAAUGCCCACCUCCAGGUCAUUAAUAAACAAGUUGGAAAGGACCAAGUAUAGAGCCCUGCAGUACACCAUUAACAACACUCGUCAGUGGUGGAACUACCGGGGGAGCAGGGGGUGCGAGUGGGCCAUGCCCCGCUCCCCCUCAGGGCCCCCCGACAGCCCGCGCGCCAUUGGCAAUGUGGGCCGUGCGGAGGGGGGCGGGGCCCAGCUGCGCGUCACGCACCAGGGCCCGCCCCCCCUCUAGGAUCGCUACUGACACUGGUCCAAUUAAAAAUGUUCCAUUUACCACCACUCUUUGAAAUCUAUACUUCAGACAGUUCUCUAUCCAGAUACAAAUACUAUAUGUUCCAGACCAACAUUCCUUAAUUUAACCAGUAACCUUCUGUGUGGCACUGUAUCAAAUGCUUUAGCAAAGUCCACGUAGGUAACACCCACUGCCAUUGAAGAGUCGAACUUCCUGCUCACCUUGUCAUAAAAGGCAAUAAAAUUAGUUUGGCAAGAUUGGUUAUGCAUAAAACCAUGCUGGCACAAACUCAUAGUAUUAUGAUUUGCAAUGAAGUAAAGUAUCUCUUAGUACCCUAUUGAAAAGCUUCUCUACCACUGAUUUCAGACUAAUCGGCCUAUAGUUAAGAGACUGAUAAUGGGAUCCUUUUUUAAAUACAUUUGAAAUUCCCCAGUCUCUCUGCAGCAUGCCAGAUCUCAAUGAAUCCUGAAAAAUUAAGUAACCAGGUUUGGUAAUCACAGAGCUAAGCUUGUUUAGUUUAUCUUUACAUGUUCUAGUCUCUCUUGAAUUUCCCCUUGCUUGAACGAUGCAUCAUUUGAUGUAUUAAUAGAAUUAGGACUAUUUAGAAAGAAACCUUCAUUACUGGGUUCUUCAUUUGUAUAGACAGAUGAAAAAUAAAGCUCAGAAUCUCUGCUUUAGUUCUGUUCUCAUCAACCAACUGAUCCCCCUUGACAAGGGUCUCACCCCUUCCGGCUUCAUUUUUUUUUUUUUACUAUUUAUAAAUAAUAAUUUGGGGUUAAUUUUACUCCUUGCUGCAUUACCCUUUCCAUACUGAUUUUAGCUUGUCUUUUUUGUAUGAUUUAUACGUGACAACGUUUCAGCUGUCCUAGCUUAACUUCAAAGCCUUAAAAGCACCUCUUUAAUUACCAACCUCAACACCAACCAUAAAGGUUUUGCUUUGUGACAACGGCCCUUGCUUACAUAUACUGACAUGUAUAUUUAUUAAGCAGCAUUUUAAAGACAUUCAAUUUUUCUUCUAUUUAACUCCAUAGGCGGAGGGUGAAUAUUAUAUUUGGGGAGGCUAAAUAUGGACCUAAAGCUAAUCUCAGACAUUGAUCUGCUUUCAUAAAAUUGAUUCUCCCCCCCCCAACUCCUUCUAGCAGGGUCUACUAACUUUCAGGAAAACCAUGCAGAAGUGCAGGUGGUAGUGCUUUUCACCCUAAAAUGCUCAGGGUGUAAAAGUACUCACACAUGCACUUCCAUGAGAUUCCAACUGAGGUCACAUAAGAGGGGGUUAUCCAUCCAUCUACAUUCACAGUUAUUCCCCUUAAUUCUAAUAAAGGGGACAUUGUUUUGUGGAAUGUUAAGUCGGAGUAUUAUUCUUCACAUUUUGUAAAUUGAAAAUGUGCUGCAGACUGAAAUCUGGUUGGUUUGUAUGGGUUCUUAACUUAAAUCCAACACUACAACAAUUACUAUAUUUUCAACCCUAAGGGCUAAAAAAAAAAGUAUAAACUGUUGGAACAUUAAAGCAUUGUGUCCUAGGUAAGUUAGCUUAAAUGUGAGAGGAAUGUGGGUACUGACACUCUAGGAACAUUAUAUGGAGUGAGAUGCAGUCUAUAUUUAUAAAACAAGCAUGUUUUACACAGUGAAAAGCAGUAGGUACUGGCCCCCCAGACAUAUUAUAUACAGUGGGUACUAAUGCCAGACAUUGACGCCCCCCCCACACACACACA